AUGCCAGCCCCACUCCUCAAGAACUUCCACGACGCGACGCAGGAUGCCGUCGGGAUGACGCGAAACCUCGCCACGGACGGCUAUUCAUGCUCGGCCGUCGACCACACGGUCACCGUCGUCUAUGCGGAACGCAGUGGGCUCGACGAGAACGGCAAGCUGGUCACUGAAGCGGCCGACAUUGACGACUCGCAAGACAAGGCGCGGCUGACCAUGCGCUCCUCUGGCAGUGCGACGCAGGAUACACUGGUACGCAAAGACGUCCACGCACGUCUCACAAUCCGCAUGCGAGUCACGGAAAAGAUGGACAACUCGCUCGGCAACAUGCACGGCGGCUGCGCUGCCACGCUCGUCGACAACAUCACCAGCAUGGUCGUCUUCUACCACACCUCGGGCGUCUACGGCCAGCCAUGGUCGUUCCUCGGCGUCUCACAGAACAUCAACGUGCUCUAUCUCAAUGCUUGCCCGAUCGGAUCGGUCAUCGAGAUGGACGUGUACUCGGCACAGGUGGGCAAGAACAUCGCACUGCUCACCGCCGAGUUCUGGAUCGUUCAGCGUGCAGACGGGACUGAGGACGAUGGCGAGGGACCAGUCCACGAUGGCAAGUGGCAACGCACCGUACGAACCGUCACCGGGUCACAUACGAAGGUGGACAACUCGACCAAGAUCAAGCUCUAG